AUGGGAUCCUUGAAGCGCUCGCGCGAGGGGGAGCUCAAGCUGGCGACGCCUGGGGGUGCCCAUGGCGACGCGGAGUUGCCGACCAGGUGGCUGGACCUCAAGCUGGCAACGCGGGAGAACACGGCAAAGUACGGCUUCUUCAUCGACGACACGGUCGUAAACCCUGGCCUGGGGAUUCCUUUCUACAAGACGGUCCUCGAGGGCGCAAACUACAAGGAGGCCACCUGGAAGGACCAGUGCUGUGUGCGCACCUCGCAGAUCCACUGGCGCGAGGACCAUACCGUCACGUGGCUGGAGCGGCACAUGGAGAUGACGCAGGGCUUCCUCGUGCUCGGCAGCAACCCUGGCCUGUUCGUGCUCGGCGAGCCGACGCACGACAGAGAGGACCUUGACGAGAAGCACCGGGCCUUGCCAGACCCGCAGCGCAUAGAGGCCGUGAUAGUGCCGCCCGGCCACGGCAUCAUCAUCAAGAAGGGCACUUGGCACGAUUUCCCUGUGUCCUGCGGGCCUCCCGUAUCUGCCUUCAUCAUCAACACUGAGGAGGUGGUGGCCGCAUUGGCCUCGAUGGCCGCCCCGGCGCCCAUGGACCACGGCGACUGCUACAAGCUCCGGCUGGCAGAACACUUCGACUUCAAGUGGAAGUUCCGCGACCCGCGCCCCUUUGUGCGAGAGAUGGGCCUCGUGUCGGCCCCCAUCGCGCAGCCGAGGAUGGGCACGCAGGGGUACGGUGUCGACAUGGAGCGCCAGGAGGUCCGUGCUGGCUGGGGCGGCUCCACGAAGGUCUUCGUGGUGCCUGUGGUGAACGUCGAGGUCUUCGUGCCUGGCUCCGGGGGGCCCGGUAUCCAGCCACACCUGCAGUCGACGCCCGAGAUCGCCAACAAGGGCUGGAGGGACUACGGCAACCGUAGGGGACUGCAGCGCCUGGUCCGGACCUUCAAGGCCCUCGGCGUUCCCGCCACGGCGGUCAUCAACAGCGAGGCCGUUCAGCUAGACGCGGUGUCCGCCGCCCUCAAGGAAUCCGGCUGGGACCUCGGCGCUCACGGCAUCAACAACUCCUCUGGGAACGCGGGGAUGGACCGCAGGGGCGAGGAGGCCGCCUUUGGCAAGUGCCUGAGCGACCUGGAGGCAUCCCUCGGCAGCCGGCCGCGCACGUGGCUCACUCCGCAGUUCUCGGUCACGGAGCGCACCCCCGAGAUUGCAGCGGCGUCGGGCGUGCACGUCCUCCUGGACUUCGUGGACGACGACGUGCCGUACGACCUCGUCCACAGGCCCACCGGCAGGCGCAUGUUGUGCGUGCCCUACUGCAUGGAGACGAACGACUUCUCCCUGGUCCUUACCAAGAACCUCGACCCCAGGCAGUACGCCCAGGCCAUCGAGGACCACGUGCGGCAGCUGGCGACGGAGCCGGGCGACGCGAAGGUCGUGUGCCUCGGCAUGCACACCUUCGUUGCCGGCACGCCCGCGCGCACGUUGGCGCUCUCGGAGAUGUUUGGCCGCCUGAAGGAGUGCCCUGGGGUGGCCUUCGCCACCGCGGCGCAGGUGCACGACCUGGUGCGGAAGGGCUGA